AUGAAAAGUUCAUCAGGAUCAAAUAAACUAAUAAAUAGUAAAAGAACUCGAACAUCUUUAACAAUAAAUUAGGACAUGACUUUAUCAGCAAAUCAUACUAGAAAAUCAUCGAUAUAAGCAAUAGAAUUCAAUAAACAUGAAAAUAGCUAACAUUAAGAUAAAAUAUAUUUCUCUACUCGAUAAGUUUCUCCAAAAAAACAUACAAAUUAUAAAAGUAAGAAAAAAAUUAAACGUAAGGUUUGGGUGAAACUUUGUUGAAAUCUACAUCUCAAAAAAUGUUAAAAACUACAUCAUAGAAAGAUUUUCAAGAGAGCAAUCAAAUAAAAGAUGGAGAUACAUAUAAGAAGAUAUCUCCAAAAAUAAUAUUCAAAGAUGAUAAAAUCAAUGUUUAUUUUGUUAAAGAAAUAAACAAAUUUACUCAACAAAAUGAAAUAAAAACACAGAUUUAAGAAUAAGGUGUUAAAGAAUAAACAAUAUAAGAAGUAACUAAUUCAAGAGUGUCAAUCAAAGGGCCAAUAGGAGGAAAUUAAAAUUAAAUAUAAGCCAGAAUUUCUUAGGGAAUUUUGAGUGAUCCUAAACACUUAUUUGCAGGAUCAAAUAAAAAGAUAAAACUGGAAAAAGUUGAAAACCUAAAUACUAGUGUCAAGUCUUCUUUGUAUAAAUUAUUGAAAUUAUAUCAAUGA